AUGGACGGUCUUAGUGCCGCUGCAUCCACUGUAGGUAUCGUUGUGGCUGCCGUUCAGAGCGUGCAAAUACUCGUACGAACCAUUGAGGAUAUCAAAGAUGCUCCCCGAGAGGUGCAGGCCAUUCGACGCGAUCUUGAGACUCUUGCUUCGAUCUUUGCACAGCUGGACCGUUUUCUGCAGGACGACGACCGACAGCAGACCGCCAACGCGCCGACCUCGACCAUGUGGACAGCCACGGACAAUUGUCGCAUUGCCUGCAACGACUUUCAAGGUCUUCUGAAAAACUGGCUGAAGCAUUCUACGCAGACCCAUAUGUUCUGGACUGACAGAUGGCGAAUCGGUCUAUUUGGCGUCAGCAGGACCAAGGCGUUCAGAGAGCGUUUGGCGGACUACAAAGACACGUUGUGUUUAUCGUUGCAAACGGUCAACCUGUUACAGCAGAUGCCGAAAGGCGUAGGUGUAGAGGCCGAGACAGUGAAGGGCGCACGACUGCUUGAAUCAGAAGCUCGGGUACGCCUGGAUGGCGCCAGGAAGCAAGCUGAAGAGAUCGAGAGCGACCGACAGAUCGUUCUGGGCGAAACACAGCACCUGGCGCAGGCUCCAGAGGGUGCGGCGGGAGACAUCCGACGCGAUGUUGUACGAGACUUCGAGGUCCUUCAGAAAGCGAACCGUCUGCUGCAAGAGGUGUGCCUGGAAAGUAUGCAGAAAGCGGCCACAGCACGGCAUGCGCAAAACAUCCAGGAUGUCAAGGCCAUACACGACAGUACAGCGUUGGCAGGCUACAUCAACACAGAUGACCUAGGUGCGAUCGACCAAGACAUUCGCCAUGUCACGGCAGAUACGAGGAGCGUGGCGGUUGCAGGUGUUGUCAAGGGAGUGGAUUUCAACAGCCUGUUUUCCAAGAGGUAG